UGCCCCCAAUAGAAGUCAAUCUUUUGUAGACUACUGUGGGUAGAAGUCAGUCUUUUGUAGCACACAUUAGCUGUCUCCAGGGGCCUAUUAAGCAGCUGGUUCAGGAGUAAAGCAGGUUAACUGAAGAGGUAAAUCAUCUAAUAGAAGAGCCGUGAAACCUCAUUUUCUUAAGAAGAGCCUGGAGUCCUCCAGUCUUUAGAAGCCCACUGUAGUCUUUUGUAGCCCACUUCAGUUGUCUCCAGACCAGGCAGGAUGGAGAUCAGCCCGUACAUUGACCACAACCAGAACAUCAUCAUCAGCGCCGCCACCGAGCCUCAGCUUCAGCACCUGAUCCAGAAGCAGCGCCUCUCUCUUGGAGCGGGACUCCAGCAGCUGAUCCAGAAGCAGCGCCUCUCUCUUGGAGCAGGACAAUACUUCUUCACCCAGGACGGACAGCUUUGCAACAAGGUGACGGGGGAGCGAUAUGUGUUCCGCGUGGACUUUCGUGACGUGGCGGGUACGCAGUGUGAGGUGGAGGCCCUGUGUAGCCUCGUCACGGCGCACGUCCACAACCUCAUGGAGACUCAACUGCACAUGCUCAGACUGCCCCUCCCCCUCCCCCACCCCCGGGGACAGGGGUACGUCCACUCCACCCCCCGCGCCCUGCAAAACAAGAAGGCUCUCCUGGUGCUCCUCCAGGACGUGGGGAGCGUGCGUAGCGGGGUGUGGAGCUGGCGUACGGUGGUGCGUGAGGGCCUGAACUGCGGUUGCCAGAUCCCGUACGUGCUGGCGGCGCUGCAGGAGCGCUGGGGGGUGCUGAUCAUGAACCCCAACGAGGAGGGCAGCACGCCCGAGGAGCACGUCCACCACGUUUGGCAACGCUAUAUUUCACAGAGUGCAGCUGAGCACGUAUUGGUGGUUGCCCACGGCUACGGCGGGCUGGCGUUUGUUGAUUGGCUGUGCCGGCAGCCAGAGAGGGGUGGGGCCUACGAGAGCCAUGUGACGGCUGUGGCCUUCAUAGACUCCUCCCACCACGUCUGGCACCAGGGGCUGGGGGCGGAGCAACAGGCCUGGCUGCGUGCACACUCCAGGAAAUGGGUCCUGAGCAGUAACCCCCUGAACGGGCGCGUGGGCACGCUGAGUGCGGGCAUGCAGCUGUCUGCGGGCACCCUGUGCCACGGCCUGGCGCCCGCCAUCUGCAUGGAGUCCGUCUUCAAGUUCUUCACCAAGGCCAUCAAGCCCAAACCAGAACCCGUGCCGUUUAGCAUCGUCACCCGCAGCAGACACCAGGCCAUGAGGACAAGCAACCACCACAAUAACUACAGGAAAUAAUAAUGAAGACUACAGGAAAUAACCAGCAGCCACCACAACGACUACAGGAAAUAAUAAUGAAGACUACAGGAAAUAACCAGCAACCACCACAACUACAGGAAAUAAUCAUGAAGACUACAGGAAAUAACCAGCAGCCACCGCAGCAACUACAGGAAAUGAUCAGUGGACACCAGGAGGAACUACAGGAAAUAAUAAUAA